CUUCCUGAAUGCAAACCAGUGCUUUAAAAACUGUCCAACCGCGCCUAUAAAGGCGUUACGUGCAGCGCUCCUCAAAUCCAAAUAGGUAUUCUUAAAAUAGUGCUCUCUAUCGAGGAGUUUCAUAAUAGAUCUUAUCUCUCACAGCUUGCAUCGCCAAGUGAAAACCACACGACAUAUCGAAGAGCGAAUAAACAUCGGUCAGUGAGGUAAAUUGUGUGGUUAGCGAAAACUAGCAUUGGAGGAGAUGAAAAGGCGAUGAGCAGGAGAGAUCCACAGUGGGAUUGUCUCUAAACAGACUCAAGGUCAUACUGGAGAGAAGAAAGCAAAUCAAUUUUCAUCGUGUUUUAAGAGUUCUUCCUCGUCAGAUGUGCAUGGAUCACUUUCUUGUGCUGAUUGGACUGUUCAUCAUUAUUCCAUGUUACAUCAAUGGACAAACAGAUUCAAUUCCAACAGCCAUUGCAGCUACUACAGCACCGUACACGGGAUGUAAAACGUCUGAAACACACUCUCCUCCCUCGGUUUACUGUAACGCAUAUUGUGGCGAUGAUAUACCGACCGUGAUCGAACAAGUUUGCGACAGUCGUAAAAAGCGAUCAAAGACAGGUCUAACGUUGAGUGACAUCAGCUUUAAAAAGGAUGAGGCGUCAAAGUUUCUGUAUUUACCUCGCAACCGGAUCCACACUAAGAGAUCACAAACUGACAUUGUCGUCGAAUGUUGUGACGAGAAAUGUGUUGUAGAGGAGAUAAAUGAAUACUGUUAAUACAUGUAGCAAACAGCUGGGGCGCUAAUAAAGGUUAAAAAAAUACGCAAU